UGGCAUCAACCGAGAGCUGCUGGUGCGGGACAGGCUCUGAUUGUCCACCUACUGUGUCAGCCUUAGAAGUAUGGGCUAUGUUCAGGCCUCAGACAGAUGAGUCCGACAGUUUGACAGCCUUUUUUGAAGGGUCUCUGCUUUUGUUUUGAAGGAGGGGGAUGGUUCUUCCCCAGAAUAAGUUCAUUCCAGGUGGGAGCUGAUGAGUCAGAACAGAGUGUCCCUGGCCUCCGUUCAGUCACCUUUGCUCUGUGCACAGCUUUGAGACAUGGACGGGCAGCUCGAAUCCAGCCAGGCGCCGCCUGUGACAUGGGCCAGUGACUCAUGGCUUCGAGUCUAGAGGACGAAUGCGGUGACACACAGCUCCCCGCCAUGAUGGGGCCGACACCACUCCUAGCCGUCUGAUUGAGUUCCCGCGUUGCAAGAUGCAUUUUUCAGUCAUUUCCAACAAAUUUCAGAAGAGGGUGUGGUCGUUGGGGGGGUCACAAGGAAGGCAGGUGGAGUCCCCAUCCUGAGAGGUGUCUGCUCUCUCCCAUGCUACAGGUGACCCCAGGGUUCAAGGAGAAGGAAGGGGAGCUCUUGGUCAGGGGGCCAUCUGUGUUCCGAGAAUACUGGGACAAACCAGAAGAAACGAAAGACGCCUUCACCUGGGAUGGCUGGUUCAAGACAGGUGACACGGCCGUGUUUAAGGACGGCAGCUACUGGAUCCGGGGCCGCACGUCCGUGGACAUCAUCAAGAGUGGUGGCUACAAGGUCAGCGCCCUGGAGGUAGAGCGGCUGCUGCUGGCACACCCCAGCAUCACAGAUGUGGCUGUGAUUGGAGUUCCAGACAUGACUUGGGGCCAGCGGCUCACUGCAGUGGUGACCCUUCAGGAGGGACACUCGCUGUCCCACAGGGAGCUCAAAGAGUGGGCAAGGGGCGUCAUGGCCCCGUAUGCUGUGCCCUCGGAGUUCCUGCUGGUGGAGGAGAUCCCGCGGAACCAGAUGGGGAAGAUCAACAAGAGGGACCUCGUCAGGCAGUUCUACCCGGGCGACCAGGGUGCCCCUAGGCCAGGCACCAGUGAGCUGGCAUCCUCUGUAAACUAGAGCCCUACCUCAGAGGGGACCGAGCUGGGGCCGACAGAAGGGAGGUCCCAGGGCGAGGCCUGCUCAGCCCCGAGCUGGUUUUCAGACGGACCUCUGCUCCGUCCCCACCGCCACACCCACGCUGGCGCCAAAUGGGCCCCCACGGUGCCCACCAGCAUCCCCCAGGCAGCAGGUCUCCCAGCAAAACUCAGUAACGUCUCCGCAGAGAACACAAGCAUUGCCCGGGGUCUGCACAUGCACACCGGGCAAACAGCCCCGUGCGUGUACGCAUCCCACGGCCUGGGGCUGCCUGUGUGGCCCCCCCGGGGGACGUGCGGCCCCACAGGAACCUUCUAGGCCAGGGCCUGGCAGGCUCCUGUGACGGGUAAGCCAGGUGGUCUGUGUCUGCGGCCAUGCGGCCCCUGUCCCUGCGGUGGCUGUGGCUACCACCGAGGGCCUUGCCGCCGCUCAGCCUUGACCCUUGACCCGUCUCUCUGUGCCGCUCCCUCCAGGCCCCACGGGGCCCAUUCACCUAACCACCCCCCACCCCUGCCCUGUGUGUGGCCUGCCCCACCCCCAGGCCUGACCCCAGGCGUGGUGUUUUCUCCGGGGGGACGAGCCCGCGAUCCUCCUGCCUGAGGCUGGGACACACACUCGGGCCACCGUCUCCUGAGCAGGCUGCCCGCCAUCCGGCUCUUCUCGGGGCGACGGCCCUCAGCAUCACACCCGACACCGCAUGACCAGGCUUCCGGCUGUCCGUGGUCUUCCCUUGUGGUAACUAGGGAGCCACGUGCCACUGGGGAGAAUCAGAUUGAGCCCUGCGGGGUCUUCACUUAAUCCCACUGAUUUGACACUGUAUCUGUCUUAAUACUGAACAUUUUGAUUCCCAAAAAUGUUUAUAUAAUUAUUUGGUUUAUGUUACGAUUUAUAUCAAGUACUUUCAAAAACUAAUAGUCCUCUUUGACGAAGGAGACCACA